AUGUAUGCACAGGCAGGGAUUACUUUCAUGCCUUUGUGGAUUCUGAUGACCUCCGCCGAUUUGGGCUUGCUUUGCUACAUUGUCAUUCCUGUCAUAAACUCGACAAAUCAUUUGAGCAUAUCUACAAACAUGAUCAUAGGAAAUGAACCAAGAGAUAAGCAGAGAGAUGUUUUCAUUAAUCUGCCCACUGGAUUUGGAAAAUCCUUAAUUUAUCAAGCGUUACCGUUGGUUUUCGACGCCAUGCAUAGAGAAGGCCAUAUUGUUGUUGUCAUUUCACCUCUUGUAAGUCUUAUGAAAGAUCAGGUACAAAAGUUAAAAAAUCUUGGAAUCUCUGCCAUCACCCUCAGUGACAUCGAGGAAGGAGACGCGAAUGCAGUUGAGAAAGGUAUCUUCUCAGUCAUUUAUGGAAGUGCAGAGGCGUUUUUGAAAAUCACACGAUGGAGAAAAAUGUUAACAAGCGAAGUUUACCGGAAAAAGUUGUGCGCAAUUGCAGUCGACGAGGCUCGUCAUAAAGCAGUGAUGUUAGCACUGACUGCUACAGCAACCACUUCAACAAGGGAGACUAUCACAGAAAUGUUAUUGAUGGAUAACCCUCAUGUAAUCUAUGAAAACCCUUGCAAAACCAAUAUUGCUUACUCAGUUCACUACAUGGAUAAAGAGAGAUUGGUUGGAGAUUGUUUUCAGUGGUUGGCCGAUGAACUCAAAGAAAAAAAAGAGAAAACGACUAUAACAAUUGUUUAUUGCCAGACAAUAAAACAGUGUUGCCUAAUAUACUCUGUGUUGAAAGGAAUGCAUGGACGGGAGUUGUACUCCAAUUCAGCAGAUGAUCCAGGACACGUGUUGCUUGAAAUGCUUCAUUCUUGCACCCCUGUCAAAAACAAAGAUACGGUAUUGUAUGCUUUCCAAAAGGAAGAAUCUCCAGUAAGAGUGCUGGUAGCAACCAUUGCAUUUGUAAUGGGUGUUGACUGCAAAGGCGUUCAUCGUACCAUCCACUUUGGUCCAUCCAAUAACAUUGAGGCAUAUAUUCAGGAGACUGGACGAUCAGGUAGAGAUGGGAAACAAAGCGUGGCUUGCCUCAUUUAUACGGACCGUGAAUUCGAAGAUGAGUUUAGGGAAGAUUGGAAUGACUUGUUGAAUGAUGAAUCAUUGUUUGAACUUGCUAUUGAGAAUCUAUCUUUAUCACAACUUGAAGCAAGUACAUGUGCUGAACUCUCUUGUGAACUUCAUGAUGAAUCAGGGAAAUUUGAAGUGCCAGCAGCUGCCUUGGAUUUACUUGAAAAUAUCUCCAUCUCUGAGUAA